UACUGCCCGGGCUUCUACAUAGUGUGCAUGUGAUCUACUCCAAGCGUAGGCUUCAGGCACUGUAGGAGGGAUCAUUCCCAUCACCGACUACAUCAUCAUCCUCACCAACAUCGUUGUGGAGACCACUUCAGUGCUAACCACUCCGUUUCACCAACAAUUAAGAAAAAUCAACUUCGCCCUCAAACCGGAUUUAUUGAAUUUCCGUGCGUAUGGCGUUUUGACAGCGGGCGGGAGUGAAUGAUUCUCCCUGACACUACUCUCCAUGCUGUUUCACUCUUGUCAUGUUUGGACUCAAAACAGACAGUGUUGAACGCAUGUUCUUCCGUCGCAAUUGCUAGGCCGUGGACCGUGGUUAAGAGUCCAAGUGGGUAAACGCACGGGCUUGACAACCCAAGGACUGAGAAGGAACAAUACUUCGUGAAAUUGCUGGGACGCCUAGUUUAACCCUGGAACUCUGCAAAACAAACUAGGAUCUAUGAAAGCGAUAAAGCCCAAAGAUGACAAGGAUGCAAGCAAGGAGCCCCAGCUCAAGGGGAUUGUGACCAAACUGAACAGCCGGCAGGGUUUCCAUCUUCAGCUGCAAGCUGAUGGGACCAUCGAUGGCACAAAAGAGGAGGACAACAGUUACGCUGUGUUCAACCUCAUUCCAGUUGGGCUUCGAGUUGUGGCCAUACAAGGAGUGCAGACUAAGCUAUACCUGGCCAUGAACAAUGAAGGCUUUCUUUACACCUCAGAACACUUCACACCAGAGUGCAAGUUCAAGGAGUCUGUUUUUGAGAACUAUUACGUGACUUACUCCUCCAUGAUGUACCGGCAGCAGCACUCCGGUCGAGGCUGGUACCUCGGCCUUAACAAAGAGGGGCAGAUCAUGAAAGGAAACCACGUGAAGAAGAACAAGCCAGCCGCACACUUUAUACCCAAGCCUCUGAAGGUGGCCCUGUACAAAGAGCCGUCCCUUCACGAUCUCACUGAGUUCUCGCGCUCGGGCAGCGGCACACCCACGAAGAGCAGGAGCGCGUCGGCCAUGCUGAACGGCGGCAAAACGCUGAGUCAUCACGAGGCGACAUAACCACGGCGACAUGGCCUCAGAAUCCCUCAACGGCCAGAAGACACACGGGACCUGCUGAUACAUACCAUCUAACCUAUCGGCACAAACAAACCACGACAUGGACGUUUCCAAAAAGGCUACUGAUUAAUCUCCUGAGAUCACUGUGACGACAAGAUAUAAGUGCAAAAUGAACAAAACACCUGAAACGAACUUAAAAAUGUUGACAAUGAGAAAAAUAAGAACAACAUCCAAAACAAAGACAACAACAGUACAGCAAGCCAUUAUAAUGUUUGCGAGAUUGACCACUCCCAGGAAUAUCCCUGUUUUUCGUGUGUAGCAUAUUUCCUGUGAAUUUCCCUUCUACAAGAACCCUGUUAUAGACCGGGACACCAACUCCCCAGAGAUGUCUUGUCAGAAAGUCCGCCGCUCUGUGCUCCUUCUUGUCUAUCCCUCAGAGUUAUGCAAGUGAGGUUCUUCCUAUUUUGUGCUUUGACAGCUUGAGCAUGCUAUUAGCUGCUUUGCAUUUAAACUAAUACGACACUUAUUAGAAAAUGGAAAGAGAAGGAGUUAGAGAGAGAGAGGCAGUCAGGAAAGCAGGCGAGAGAAGGAGUUAGAGAGAGAGAGGCAGUCAGGAAAGCAGGCAUGUCCUCCAUCUUCUCUGUCUCUUCAAGCAUUGGCUAGUCAUGUUUGGUCUCAUGGUGAUUGAGCAUUCAGAGAGAGCUCUGAUCCUUUCCAAGCUUUUCUGUUCAUGACUAGGUGAAGUUUGGCUUCUGUCUCAGCACACCAAAGAAGAGUCUACUGUUUUAAUGCCAGCCAGUUUGAAUAAGCCUAAUCAUUCUUUCGCAGAUGGACAGCACAAGGAAUACUAGAGGAUGAAUGCUAUUAAUCAGUAUUACGAGUGGAGAGAGGGUCAAUGCCAUGCUAAUCUGUCGAAGGUGUUUGUGUGUCUUGUUAAAGUCUAUUUUUAAGACUGAAUGCCCCUGGACAUUUUGAAAUAAAAAAGAUUCGGAAUGACAAACUAUCUUGUUCAUUAUCCAAGGCAAAGUCACUGUUUAUCGAAAGGUGGAGAGGUGUCUGUUUUCUAUCGAUGAAGAUCCUUUGUAUUCCGCGUGAGAGAAAACCAUCCGUCGCUUUUACUGAGCUUCAUUCAGAUCAUUACACAUGGAAAGGGAUUGCUUUCAAAGAUCAUUCCCUUUCUCAAGGAUCAUGUUCUCCCAGUUUGCCUUGACCAUGCCGAUACUUGCCAUGCCAUGCCGAUUCUUGUUUCCUUGCUCCAUUAGCUUUUCCUUAUUCGUUGAACAUUUGUAUGUGUUGCAUGGGAGACAGUGUGGACCUCUGGGAUAUAGCUGCAUGACAUAAAGCUUUGUGUAUUCUUUCAUGUAGAAAUUGCAUUCUCCAGUCUAUGCCAGGGUAGAAUUGAAUGUACAGGUAGGAUUUUAUCCUGGUAUACUCCAGUUUGUUAUCCGUUGUACACAUAAAAUGCACUAAAUAAAAUGUUUAUAUGAUAUAUACUUUCAAAUGAGCCAUAACCCUCUUGUUGAUUUUGUCUGAUAUACUGUAUCUAUACUGAAUAAAGAUAUAAAUGCGACAUGGAACGAUCUCAAA